AGUAAGAGACGGGUCAACGCGCCGGCGCAGUGCGGCGGUGACAGGCUAACUACUGCAGUACGAUCCUUUUACUGAAGGGUUGACCCAGGAGAAGGAAAGAUGGUGCUGGACUUGGAUUUGUUUCGGGUGGAUAAAGGAGGGAAUCCAGAGCUUAUCCGGGAGACACAGGAGAAGCGCUUCAAGGACCCCGGACUAGUGGACCAGCUGGUAAAGGCAGAUAGCGAGUGGCGACGAUGCAGGUUUCGGGCAGACAACUUAAACAAGCUGAAGAACCUAUGCAGCAGAACCAUUGGAGAGAAGAUGAAGAAAAAGGAGCCAGUGGGAGAUGAUGAAUCCAUUCCGGAGGAUGUACUGAACCUAGAUGACCUGGAGGCAGACACUUUAGCUAACCUGAAAGUUUCACAGAUCAAAAAAGUCCGACUCCUUAUCGAUGAAGCCAUCCUGAAGUGUGAUGCGGAGCGGAUCAAGCUGGAAGCAGAGCGGUUUGAGAACCUCCGAGAGAUUGGGAACCUUCUGCAUCCCUCUGUGCCCAUCAGUAACGAUGAGGAUGCAGACAACAAAGUAGAGAGGAUUUGGGGCGACUGUACUGUCAGGAAGAAGUACUCACACGUGGACCUGGUGGUGAUGGUGGAUGGCUUCGAAGGCGAGAAGGGCGCUGUGGUGGCUGGGAGUCGAGGCUAUUUCCUAAAGGGAGUCCUGGUGUUCCUGGAACAGGCACUCAUCCAGUAUGCCCUUCGCACGUUGGGAAGUCGGGGCUACACUCCCAUCUACACCCCCUUUUUCAUGAGGAAGGAGGUCAUGCAGGAAGUGGCACAGCUCAGCCAGUUUGAUGAAGAACUUUAUAAGGUGAUUGGCAAAGGCAGUGAGAAGUCGGACGACAACUCCUAUGAUGAGAAGUACCUGAUCGCCACCUCGGAGCAGCCCAUCGCUGCCCUCCACCGAGAUGAGUGGCUGCGCCCGGAGGAUCUGCCCAUCAAGUAUGCCGGCCUGUCCACUUGCUUUCGCCAGGAAGUGGGCUCCCACGGCCGUGACACCCGGGGCAUCUUUCGAGUCCAUCAGUUUGAGAAGAUUGAACAGUUUGUGUACUCGUCACCACAUGACAACAAGUCAUGGGAGAUGUUUGAUGAGAUGAUUGCCACCGCCGAGGAGUUCUACCAGUCUCUGGGGAUUCCUUACCACAUCGUGAAUAUUGUCUCAGGUUCUUUGAAUCAUGCUGCCAGUAAGAAGCUUGACCUGGAGGCCUGGUUUCCGGGCUCUGGAGCCUUCCGAGAGUUGGUCUCCUGUUCUAACUGCACAGACUACCAGGCUCGCCGGCUCCGAAUCAGAUACGGCCAGACGAAGAAGAUGAUGGACAAGGUGGAGUUUGUGCACAUGCUCAAUGCCACAAUGUGUGCCACGACUCGCACCAUCUGCGCCAUCCUGGAGAACUACCAGACGGAGAAGGGCAUCAUCGUGCCUGAGAAGCUGAAAGAGUUCAUGCCGCCAGGUCUCCAAGAACUGAUCCCUUUUGUGAAGCCUGCACCCAUUGACCAGGAGCCGUCAAAGAAGCAGAAGAAGCAGCACGAGGGCAGCAAAAAGAAAGCGGCCGCAGAUGUUGCCCUGGAAGGCCGACUGCAGAGCAUGGGAGUCACCGACGCCUGAACAUUCCUUCCGCCCAGUUCUCCAGGCUUUCAUCUGUGUCACCUGGGAUCUCAGAGCCUGCCCAAGCACAGGGAAGCCAGGCACCCACUCCUCACCCUGCCCCAUCUGACUGUGUAGCUGAGGGGAAUGGUCUGCCACAGGCAGCACGCAUGUCCCCAUCUCUUCGCAUGGGCAUAGGAUUUCAUCACGGUGACUGAGGAAGCCAUGUAAUAAAACAAGUCUCCUGGGG